AUGCCGGUUGUUGCACAGCUGCAGCAGCUGUUUAUUGUGCAGCUGCAGCAGCGGCAGGAGGAGCUGCAGCAGGAAAUAGAAACAUUCACACAACACCCGCAGCAGCAACACAUGCAAGAGACUGCUCGUGACCAGCACCAGCAGCAGCAGCAGCAGCAGCAGCAGCAGCAGCAGGAGCACCGGCCGGUAGUGCAGCAAGGGUUGCAGCAGGAGCAGCCGAGCCGAGCUCAACAGGACCAGCGUCAGCAGCAGCAGCAGCAACCGCAGCAGCAGCAGCAGCAACAGCAGCAGCAGCAGCAGCAGCAGCAGCAGACCUGA